UGUUUUCGGCCGAAAGCCCCUUCACCAUAUCGGUCUGGUUGCAGUGCGGUGAGCGUGUUUUUCCGCCUAGCGGCUCAGUUCGGUCCGCUCGCCGGCUCUCCGUCCUCCUCCGGCCGCUGUCGCUGUGCGUAAAGACGCGCAUGGAAGUCUCUCCUUCUGAUUCUGUGCGGAUUCUGCAGCCGCAAUCUGAGCUGUGCCCUCCGCUCCCCACGGCAUUCCCCGUCAUGACCUCCUACAACAACACGGCUCGGAUUCGGUGAAUGGGAUUUAUCGCUGAUUUUGACCUCGUGGAGAUUUUACCGGCUGCUUUGGGCUGAUAAUCGAGUCGUUGACGCCGUUACGGCCUCACAAUGGGGGGAACAAAGAGUAAGACGAAAGACCCAGGCCAGAGAUCCUUGAGCCUGGAUGGCACCAUUGGUAUGGGCUCCUCCAGUGGACAUCAUUUCAGCUCUGGCCCUCAAACCCAGACGCCCAAUCGGAGCCCUGCGGUGGGGACCAGCGCGCAGAGCAACGCCUAUCACACCAACAAUGCAGAGCUGGCCCUUUUCGGAGGUGUGGAACACCCAGGGAGCAUCAUGUCCCCUCAAAGAGGAGGCAUCACUACAUUCGUGGCUUUAUACGACUAUGAAUCUCGAACAUCAGCAGAUCUCACGUUUAAGAAGGGUGAACGACUGCAGAUCCUCAAUAACACGAGAAAGUACAACUACAGGGAAGGAGACUGGUGGUUGGCUCGUUCUUUGACCACAGGAGAGAGCGGCUACAUCCCCAGCAAUUACGUUGCUCCCUCAGACUCCAUCCAAGCCGAAGAGUGGUUUUUCGGUAAGAUAACACGUCGUGACUCUGAGCGACUGCUUCUCAACAUCCAGAACAGGAGAGGCACUUUCCUUGUGAGAGAAAGUGAGACAACAAAAGGCGCUUACUGCCUGUCUGUCCUGGACUACGACAACAUGAAGGGGCUAAACGUCAAGCACUACAAGAUCAGGAAGCUGGACAGCGGAGGCUUUUACAUCACAUCCCGCACUCAGUUCACCAGUCUGCAGCAGCUGGUCCUCCACUAUCGAACACACGCAGACGGAUUAUGUCACGUCCUGACAGAUAUCUGUCCCAUGCUGAAGCCGCAGACUCAAGGCCUAGCGCGAGACGCCUGGGAAAUCCCCCGAGAGUCACUCCGGCUGGAUGUCAAGCUGGGCCAGGGCUGCUUUGGGGAAGUGUGGAUGGGUCGCCACAUUUUCAAAGGAGGAGUGUUUGAGGGUACUUGGAAUGGGACGACGCGAGUAGCCAUCAAGACGCUGAAGCCUGGCACCAUGUCGCCCGAGGCUUUCCUGGAAGAGGCCCAAGUCAUGAAAAAGCUCCGGCAUGAAAAACUGGUCCAGCUGUACGCCGUCGUCUCAGAGGAGCCCAUCUACAUUGUUACGGAAUAUAUGAGUCAAGGCAGCCUCCUGGACUAUUUAAAAGGUGAAAAGGGGAAAUAUUUGCGACUUCCACAGCUGGUUGAUAUGGCAUCUCAGAUUGCUGCUGGUAUGGCUUAUGUGGAGAGGAUGAACUAUGUACACAGAGACCUGAGGGCAGCAAACAUCCUCGUGGGAGACAACCUGGUGUGCAAGGUGGCCGACUUUGGACUGGCGCGACUCAUUGAAGACAAUGAGUACACAGCCAGACAGGGUGCCAAGUUUCCCAUUAAAUGGACGGCUCCUGAGGCUGCACUGUACGGCCGCUUCACCAUCAAAUCAGACGUUUGGUCUUUCGGCAUACUACUGACCGAGCUGGCCACAAAAGGACGAGUUCCGUACCCAGGCAUGGUGAACAGGGAGGUGCUUGACCAGGUGGAGCGAGGUUAUCGGAUGCCAUGUCCGGCCGAUUGCCCCAGCUCCAUGCACGAGCUGAUGCUCAGCUGCUGGCGGAAGGAGCCCGAGGAGCGGCCCACGUUUGAGUACCUGCAGGGCUUCCUGGAGGACUACUUCACCUCCACUGAACCCCAGUACCAGCCCGGGGAAAACCUCUAGGGCUUCCAGUGUGAAUGUGGGGACUCAGACGCGUGGGUACGUGCUCGUGCGCACAAGUUCAUGUGUAUAUUUUGGGGGGAAAAGGGGGGGUUGACAGAGAAACUCUCUCCAUUGUGUACGAAUAGGAUAAGUAUGCCUGCGUAAGUGCGAGAGAGAGAUGCAGAAAUAGUCCUCCAAAUCUUGAGUGAGUCUUUGGAAGGCUAGCCAAAGGGUACAGACAAACCCCUCUGUCCAGUUGCCAGACUGUAUUUUUUUUUUUUCACCCAGCAGAGUACUGCCACGUGCCCAGAGGUGCCAAAGGAUUGAUCCAUUCGUCUGUUGUUUUCGUCGCUUACUUUUUUCUCCAUCCAUUUUUUUUCUUUUAUCCAAGUGUAAUUUCUGCACCAGUAACUGUUUGCCAGUGUGCUGAGAGAGAGUGCAUUGUUGUACUUUUUCCCCACCAGAUUAACUCUUUUUUGUGGUACUUAAAUCAAAGGGCUGCUAUUGAUCACGCGUAAUUACGGCAUGGGCUAAUUUCAGUCUUCUUUUGACGUUUUAGGACGCAAACACAAUGGGACAGCGUUAAUCCAGCCAUUUUUAAUCAUGAUAAUUAAAAAAACUUGUCUGAAAUCUUGUUUUCUGUUCAGUCGCUCAGUAUGAAGAAUUUUAAAUCGCUAUACCAACCAUGACACUAAUGUAUAGAAGGCUAUUCUUGCCAGGUAGAAAAAUCACCUACAAUUUUUAGCUCUUUUUCUGUUUCUGGUAUCAGUAUGUCACAAAUUUGACUUAAUAUCCCAAAUAUAAUGACUUGUUUUGAGAGAUUGACUCGUGUCUUGAAAUAAUUGGUAAUUUUGUUAAAUGAUUGACUUAGUUUCUUAAUAUAUGACUUGUCAAAUUAUUGACCUACUUUGCUGACCUAAUGACUUUCUGUCAUAAUAAUGACUAGUAUAUUGCAGUAAUGAUAAUCCUUAAAAAAUAUACUUUCUUGAAAUUUAAUAACUUAUUAUUUCAACAUAGUAUAUCAAUAUAGUCAACAAUUCAAGAAAAUAAGUCAGUAUUUUGACAUACUAUUUGCUGGAAACUGAAAAACGGAAAAAAAAAGAGGUGAAUGGGUUUCCAUACUUACGUUUCCCUGAGCUGCUGAAAACACUUGGUCUUCUCGCCACCUUUUUCAGUGGAGAACAUGAAACAAUAAUAGGUUGCACUAAUUUAAUAAAGUACCAGACAUCUGUUACGUAAGAAGAGGCUUUGAAUUUUUUGCAUUUUCACUUGUAUCCAUGUGUAAUUGUAUAUUUAUUGUGAAAUUCCGAUAACAUACAAGCUUGUAAAAACAAAACAAAACAAAAAAAACGAACUUCGCAGCUUUGUGAUCGGCCCAUAACUGUAAUAGUUAGUUGUUUUGGUAUCAAGUUUUCUGAACAGUUUUGCGUUACUCCACAAACAGACUCCUCGCCUUAGAGCUACUUUCACAGUUGCCUAACAUCCCAAAUUUAGUGCAGUAUCAUGUGUUUAAACAGCAGCGCUAUCGCGCCAGUCCAGGUGACCCUGUUACAGAAUAUGGAUUAAAGGCAGUUUAUGUUUACAUAUAAACCAGAGAACUCCAGCUAAAGGAAUGAAAAACUAAUUUAUGCAAUUAUCCACUUUCCCUAGAUUUAGGUGAUCAGCCAAGUCAUGUUUGGUGUCAAAAUUUAGAUUUUUUUAGUUUGGUGUCAAAGCUAAGAGGCUAAUGCAGCUAACAAACACUGCAAGUCAAUAGUCACCCAAAUAGUUUUUGUAAAGUACAUCCCCAAAACUUCUCUCAAACAGUAUCCAGCUCUUCAUUAAGUAUAUGCAGACUAUGUGCAAUAUGGUUUAAGACACAGUAUCACACAGAGUCCUACUGUGUCCUAAACCACAUUAACAGCUCUGUGUCACCUUAAUGAGCAGCUGGAUGCGGUUUGAGCGGGUUGAGAGAAGUUGUAUUUACAGAAAAGAUUUUGGUGACUAUUGUCUUCUAGUGUUCGUUCAGCUUAAUUCAGUGUUAAGCGUAAAGUGGUGUAAAGAACACGUUACAGUAACGUGACAAAUCUUUCCUGUAACAGUGUAUUACAGCUUCAGUUAUUGUAAUUAUGUUACUUUCUUUACUCUUGUACCUUUAAAAGAGCUAAAUUAAUUAUACCAGAUGCCUUUAAAUCAUAUGUUUCCUCUAUAUAGAUUAUCUGUGCCUGUCUUGCGUCAGAUGACUGCAGCUUUGAUUGUGAACAUGAGCAGUGCAGUGCGAGCGCGGGAAGCUCCGUAAACUCUGCAAACAAUCUGUCACAUGAUCUAAUCAUGCUGAUAUGAAACUGAUGGAUAAAGAUCUCCAUGCUGAAGAAGAGAGGCUCACCUAAACAGACCAGACCCCAUUUACAUUCACAAACAGCUCUGUAACAUUUACACUUCAUUCAGAAAUAUUAAGUAAUGUAAUGAGCAGUGAGUUUACUUUUUUCAGGAACUUAUCAGUAAAAUAAUCCCAUUACAGUUUGAGAGAAGUAAUUAGUAAUUUGUGAUGGAUUAUUUUAAGGUAACAACCCCAACACUGGUUACAUCAGCCUUGCAGCUUUAGUUCUAAACCAAAUUAUAAAACUUAAAGGCAAAAUUUGGAUACCAAACACAUCUACAUCUGGGCUAAGUGGAACAUUGUGUAAAUUUGACUCUGCGGUUAAUUAGCAGGUUCAGUUGGCAUGGCGAAGCAGCGAAACAAUGCUGGCCCUUGUUUCCCCACCACUGAUAUAAACCAUCUUGUUCUGCUCAGUGGCCAAUAAGCAGAAAAAAUUGAGUGCAUAAUAUGCUAUUUAACACAAUGCUUAAUAUGCCUUACUACGUUUUGAUUUUAAUUUUCCACACAUUAAAGUUCAGAAUGGCUUCAAACUUUUUUUUUUUGAAAGAAAAGAAAGCUACUAAACUUGGUCAAGACUGAAGACUGUGCCUUUAAAAAUGGUCUUGACUUGCGUUUUUCCUCACGGAAGCGAAGACUAAUGCAGGUGAAGCAGCGUGCUCAUUGGUGUCCACCGUCACACUUAAGGUCAAUGUGUGGAAGAAGCUGCUUUGUUCAUAAUUCCUGUAUUUGGGCUUGUUUUGAAGAAAAGGAAGGGGACCUGACCUUCCUAAUCAGGCCUUUAACAACAAAUCUGUUGUUACAAGCUCAAAAUAUUGUCGCUGUCCAGAAUCUCCAUGUUGUUUAUUUAUUGACGAAAUGAUGAACGGACCAAUGCUCCGAAAUUGCCCGAAAUAAAAUCUCUUUGCAUUAACCUACAUUAAAAGUAACAAACGAUUUUGUCUUCCCCUGUACAGUUUUGCCAUUUUGGAAAUUCUUGUUUUUUGUUGGACAGCGACGAUAUUCAGAAAGUUCCGAAGAGAUUUUUGCUAAUUGAAAAGAGCUGAACUGCAUUAACGUAUAUCUAGAAAAUCAUAUCUGCCAGUCACAUAGAGUUUUGGCAGUGUAGAACUUUCAUAGGUGGUCUAACGUCAAAGGGGCCUUAGAGACAGUCUUUUUAAACCAUGCAUGAGUCUGAGGGAUUUUGAGGCCCAGAUGUUUUUAACUGUAUACAUCAGUGUGACUGUGGAUUUAAUGAUGAAAUUCCCCUGUAAAAGAUAUUAUUUAUUUAUUUACUUCUUUUGAUAGAUGUAAGUCAGAUUGAACCCUUUUGGACUUUGUAUUAUCACAACAGCUGAGUAAUCGAUGCUGCAUGUCUCAAUAAUAAAUGAUCAAACAGUAGCGCAUGCAUUAUUAAUUACCCUUAAAAACAACAAAACAACAAGGUUUUUCAGAUUGACUGAGAUUGAUUUGAAAAAAGUUCUAUAUAGAACCAUCUACAGCACGUUCUCCAUCAAUUUGAAGAACACUUUGACAAUACAAGGAACCAAUUAAUCAUGCAAAGCCUUCUUUGAGUGUUCAUGGUUCUAUAUAGAACCAUUUUCUUUACUAAAGAACCCUUGAAGAACCAUCAUUUUUCUUUGCAUGGUGAAAUGGCUUUUCAGAUUGAUGGAGAAUAUGUUGUAUAUGGUUCUAUAGAGCACCAAAAAGGGUCCUUCUGUUGUGACAAACUUGACCUCGUACCAGUAGCAGAACCCUUUCGGUGAGAGGUUCUAUGUAGAACCACAUACAACACAUUCUUCAUCAAUCUAAAGAACCAUUUCACCAUGCAAAGAACUGUUCUACUAUUUUUCAUGAAAGUGUUUCUUUGAGUGUUCAUGGUUCUUUAUAAAGAACCCUUGCAGAACCAUUGUUGUUAAGAGUGUACAGCUGGAUAAUUUGCUUAAUUACGCUAGAUAAAAUGUUGCAGGACUAGAAGUUAACCUAUCAUGUGCGCCAAGUGCUCAUUUCACUCGACUGCUAAUUUGAAAUCCAAAGCGAGGCUACAGUGGGAACAUCCUGGAACCAGACUGUGAAAACAGAGAAGAAAAAGUAGGAAAAUAAAUAUUUCUGGUUAAUGAUAAAGAUAGAUUUGGACAUUUUUUACUAUUCACUUCUUUUGAUAGAUUUAAGUCAGAUUGAACCAUUGUGGACUUCAUCAUGACAACCUCAGUACGGCUGUUCGGUUCCAGAGUCGACUUCGAUUCCGAUUCCAAGUGACAGGGAACUGAUUGAUAGUCGUUUCUGAGAGUAGAUUCCACGCGGUAUUCAUGAUUCUAAAAACCAAGGCAUAUACAGAGGGUCCAGAGGUCUGAGGCCACAAUGAAAAUUUGGGAUUUUUUUUUAACAUUUAAAUCUGGAAAUUUACAACAUUUUAGAACUUUGAAAAAUUUUAAACAAAUGAAAAUUAUGAUGAGUAAAAAAAAAUAAUAAUAAAUAAAGAAGAAAUAUUCAAAAUUCUGCAUUAUUUCUAGGUCACUACUCAAAUGUAAGCAAGUUUGUGGCUUUUAAUAAUGAAAAGGUUUUUUUUAUUCUUUUUUAGUCUGAUCUCUUCCAGUGACACUUGUGUUCAGACGACUCUCAGGCGUAUUUGAUCUGCUCAUCAAAGGCUCUUGCACAAACUUGCAGCUCGAAUGCACACGGUCAUUGAAGUAAAAGCAGGACACACCACCAAAUUUGAAAAACUCUGAAAUUUGUGUAAAUAUUUCAGAGAUAUUACUUUUUACUAUAGAUAUUACCUCCAGGUUUAUGCUAGUAGUAUAAAUUGUAAUGAACAGUUUUGAAUGCAAAGUAGAAGCAUUUUCACUCAGACUUUUGAACCCCACUGUAGAAAUAAUAAUUAUAAUAAAAAAAAGAGUACAGUAUUAAUUACAUUUCCAGCAAGGAAAUUUGGAGAGCUAAUUCUGGCUAAAUGAGUGUAUCUGAGUAAGCUGUACCUGAUUCUCCUCUGUACCGAUUCGCUUCUUCAGGUGGGUAGAUGUUUCAGCACUGUUGUUGUUGAAUUAAAAGGCAUUCUUUUAACGACAGGCUUGUUUCCUACAUUGUAUAAAGUAAAAUCCAGCUGGGCUGUGGGUGUUUGUGUUUGUUGAAGGCCGUAUUUUUUGGACAGCUUGUCUAGACAGUGACAGCAGAAUAUCUGAACUGCGUGUUCGUGCAGGUGCAAACUCAAACGUAACUUUGGAGUCGACUCUUAAAUAUCCGAAUGCCUGGAAUCAAAGAAUCAAUUCUUUUUUGGAUCGACUCACCUCAUCUCUGCUUUGGGUGUCAAGAUAGCGGUCGAGUGAAAUUAGUGUGUGACGUCUUUUUUUGUUGUUAGUCGACUAAUGUAAAGUUUACCUUCUUACUGUUGAAGGACUUUUGUUUUCCACACUGUUUGAGUUGACGGUUAAACUACUGACUACCCUCAUGUGUGUAGGUUGAACUUAAUCACGAAACCUGCUGCGUUUGUGCUGAAGAAGCCAUAUACACAUAACUGCUGUUUAAUUCUGUAAAAUAAUGUAAUUUUUGUUAUUCAGAAAUCUGAAAUUCAGUAAUCAAGCAGUUCAUUAUCUGCAAACAAUCAAGAUGAUUUGAUUAUGAGUAGAUGUUUUCAUUAUUUGACUGCAAAGUUUUGUUUCCUUUUCGUUUGUGUGUGGUGAGGAGGGGGGCUUGUUCUUUUUCAAAUGCAAAAAAAGAGGAAAAAAAUAAACUAAAUCAUGGAUUUAUGGUGGAAGGUUUGUAAUAUUUCCAUUUAAAAGAUCUAGUUUUAGGACUGUGCAUGUUAUUGACAUUGUACUAAUGACUAAUGUACGGCUACUUUGUAAAUAUUAUUAUUAUUAUUAUUAUUAUUAUUAUUAUUCUUUAAUCUCAAUUGGUUUGAAUGAUGCAAUGUGAAAUUUGGGCAAGAGCAUCAUUACCUUAAAGACCUUU